AUGGCAUGCUUAGAAAUGUACAACUCCAACGGUGGUGCGAGUCCUAGAAUCUCUUUCUCUAAUGAUUUCGUUGAGAUUAGGCCAGAGACUACAAACAAGCCGAGAUCAAGCCCUCUCUCCAAACAAGAGGGUUCUUCUUCAGCUACAGCUUCUGAUAAUUUCGAGUUCUCUGUCUCCAACUACACAAUGAUGCCUGCUGAUGAACUUUUCUCUAAGGGAAAGCUCCUGCCUUACAAGGAGACAAAUCAAGUCCAGAGAACAUUGAGAGAAGAGCUUCUCGUGGAAGAAGACGAAGAAGAAGAAAGUCCUCGUGAUGCAACCAGCAUCUUCUCCCUGAGGCCACCGGUCUUCUCAUCUUCUUCCUCUUCUUCUAAGGGAAGGUGGAAAGGGCUUCUGGGCCUUAAGAGGGCCCAUGUUGGGUCUAAGAACAGUGAAGAACGAUUUGUUCAUUUGAUCAACAACAAACAAUCUCAGGAAGCAAUGGGGGGAAGAGAAGGGUCAAGUUACAGGGACAUGAAGAAGAGUAUGUAGGGCUUAUUAAAAGCAAAAAAAAAGAAGCUUUGGCUUUAGCUAGGAACAUGGUUGCUUCCAGAUUUUUAAUAUGUUUACUUUAAUGUUAAUCUAAGAUCUGAAAAUUUAUUUAGUGUUUUAUUUGACUGAUGAGAUGGUUUUAUUUCAUUAUAACUCUUUUCCACUUCUCAUGUGUUCGUCUAUCUUGUGAGCUUUUUAGAUCCGUCUUUGGAAUGGAAGUAAAUUUUGUUGGAUGUACAAGAGAGAGAGAGAGAGAGAGUAGUUCAGAA